AUGGCGGAGGUGGGACUGUCGGUAGCAGCAAAACUCGCUGAAUAUUUGGUGCACCCAACUUUCCAGCAGUUGCAAUGUUUGGUUUGUGUCAGAAAAAUCACCAGAAAUGUUGACAUUAGGAAGGAGGAGCUAAUACUAAAGCAAGGGAGAGUGCAGGAACUUGUUCAAGAGGCUAUCAAGAGAACUGAGAGGAUUGAUGAUGAGGUUAACAAGUGGAAGAAUGAUGUGAAAAGCCUCAUAGCAGAGGUGGAGAAAUUAGAGGAAGGACUAAAGGCUAACCAUGGCUGCCUUCGAGGGUGGUGCCCUACUUGGAAGAGAUAUUGUCUCUGCAAAAAGUUGGCUAAGACUGCCCAAAGGAUGAUUGAUCUAAAUACAAAGAGUGACUGCUUCAGUUCAUUUUCCCAUCCUGUUAUUAUUCCAGAUAUAGAUUAUCACUCUCCUCAAAACUUUAAGCUCUUCAACUCUACACAAAAUGCUUUUGAUCAGCUGUGUGAGGCACUGCGAGAUGAUGGUAGCUCCAUAAUUGGGCUAUGGGGCAUGGGAGGGUCAGGGAAAACCACCCUGGUGAAAGAAGUGGGAAAGAAAGCCAAAGAGUUACAGAUCUUUGAUCGAGUUGUGCUUACUACAAUUUCUCAAAGCCCAAAUGUAAGAAAAAUUCAAGGCGAAAUUGCUGACACGUUGGGGCUCAAAUUAAGUGAAGAAUUUGAAAUAGGUAGAGCAAAAAGAAUAGCACUAAGAUUGCAAAGUGGAGAACGAAUUUUGAUAAUACUGGAUGAUGUAUGGGCCAUGUUGGAUCUUGAGGAUAUAGGGAUUCUCACUGGAGGAAAUCAUCAAAGAAGUUGCAAAGUUGUCCUGACCACACGUCGUCUAGAGGUAUGUAACUUGAUGGAAUGCCAAAAGAUGAUUCAACUUCAUUUGUUAAAAGAAGAUGAAGCUUGGACUUUGUUUCAAACUCAUGCUAGGGUUGAUGAUGUCGCUAAAGAAGUUGUGGCUCAUGAAAUUGCCAUGGAAUGUAAGGGCCUACCUAUAGCCAUUGUAGCUAUGGGAACUUGCUUGAGAGGAAAAGGAGUUGAUGAGAUGAAUGUAGCGUUGUGUAGGUUGAGGAAUGCAAAGCCAAACAAUGUGGAUAAAGGUGUUAGGAACGCUUUUGCUUGUCUUGAAUUAAGCUAUGAUUAUUUAGCGACCCCAAAAGCUAAGUUGUUGUUGUUAAUGUGUGCCAUGUUUCCUGAAGAUCAUGGCAUUGUUGUUGAAGAUCUCUUGAGGAAUGGAGUGGGGUUAGGCUUAUGCAAAGAUGCGGACUCGUUUGAAACAGCAAGGAGUCAAGUUAGAGCAACUAUAAAUUAUCUCAUUGACUCCUCAUUCUUGAUGCGUUUUUGGAAGUUCAACAUGUAUACACAAGAAUAUGUGACAAUGCAUGAUGUGGUUCGUGACUUUGCUUUGUGGAAAGCAUCUGAAGAGGAUCGCACCAUUAUGGUGAAUUGUACAAAAGAAUUAAACAAAUUGAUUACUGAUGAAGCGAUAAAAGAUUGUUAUGCCGUAUCUUCAUGGUAUCACAACAAUGAAUUAUUUCAAUUUCCUUCUCAUUUAGAUGCUCCGAAGCUUGAGUUUCUAUUAUUACGCUCAAUAAAACCCUUGGAUAUAUCACAUACAUCAUUUGAAGGCACCAAAGGACUCAAGGCUUUGAUUAUUAUGUGCAAAUAUGAGGCUAGCGUUGAACUACAACCUCAAUCAAUCCAAUGGUUGUCUAAUCUUCAAACUUUGAGAUUGCAGUAUUGGGAUUUACAUGACAUCUCUUUUGUGUUAAGUCUUACAAGACUUGAAAUUCUUGACCUGCAAGGUAGUAAAUUUGAAAGAAUGCCAAAUGGAAUUGAAAAAUUAAACAAGUUAAAGUUGUUAGAUUUGUCGAGUUGCACAAUAGAUGAAUGUUGUUAUGAAGCAAUAGGAAGGUGUUUGGAGUUAGAAGAGUUGUAUGUUUCCAAACAUUUUCCCCACUCAAAAAAUGCAAAUUGCUAUCAAUACCUUGCGGACCCUGCUGCUUUGAUGAAAUUGAGGAGGUAUAAGUUAGAAAUUGGGGAGCAUGGCAUAGGCUUCGCAUCUCAAAAUGAAGAAGACGCAAGAUCUUUGCACUUGGGUCAAUUAAAUAUCUCAAUUUUAGGUGCAAGAAUCAAAGACCUUGCACAAAGAGCAACUGUUAUUAAAUUUUAUGAGCUUAAGAGAGGCAGCAAAAUAUUCAUGCCUGAUAUUGCCCAAGUUGUAGGAGGCACAAAUGAGCUAACUAAACUCCAUCUUGAAAGGUGUUCAGAGAUAGAAUGCAUUACCAAUGAAACUACUCUUCAUGAAGAUGCAGUUGUCCCCAGAUUGGAUGAGUUAGUGCUAAGAGACAUGGAUAAUCUUAAACAACUACAUCGUGGGCCUUCUCCUUUCAGCUUGUUCCAAAAGUUGAAAAGGCUAAGUAUAUUCAAUUGCCCUCAAUUGCUCUACAUAUACCCUGCUGAUUGCAACUUAGGCAAUCUCAAGUUUCUCAAUAUUUCCAGUUGUCCAAUGUUGACAUCUCUCUUCCCUGUCUCUACCGCAUGCACUUUGUUAUCCUUAGAGAACCUUCAAAUAGAAGGUUGCAGUGAAUUGAUGCAUGUACUAGAGGGAGAGGGUGGUGGUGAUGCAUGGGAGAAUUCAAGAGUCCCAGAACUAAAAUAUUUGUCCAUCGAUAAUUGCUGCAAAUUAGAAUCUGUAUGCCCGGUCUUUUUAGCUCAACGGUUUGUGCAAUUGCAAGAUCUAUCCAUAAUGAAUGCUCCUCAAAUGAAAUUUGUGUUUGGUGAAAAUGCUGGUGAAGAACAACCAAUUAUGCAUGAUCAAGAUGUGACUCAAAUAGUGCUUCCCCUAUUGAAAUAUAUCAAACUGAAAAAUCUUCCAAAUAUUGUUGGAAUUUGCUCAAAGAGGUAUCGUUCCAGGUACCCAUCAAUAAAGAGAAUAGAAUGGACGGAUUGUCCAAAUAUGGGAUUGCAGGAACUUAAGUGCCAUGAAUUGGCAGCUAUGGAAUGGAUUGAACUAGAUAAUUAUGGAGUAGAGUCCAUUUUCCACCGUCAAACCGGGGUACAAGAGCAAAUUCCAACACUUCAGUACCUCCGAAAUUUAACUUUGAAGAAAUGUGCAAGAUUGAAAUUUGUCUUUUCUGAUCAUAUCUAUCAAAGUCUUCCAGAGUUAACAUCUGCAACCAUAUCUUGCUGUGAGGAGUUAGAUGCAAUUUUUGCAGGAAAUGAAGAGACUCAGAAGAAUCUAUCCAUUACUCAAUCUUGUCUGCUGAAAUUGAAGAGUUUGAAAGUCUCCAAGUGCAACAAACUGAAAUUCAUUUUAUCUUUCAUGAUCAGUGCUUCUAUUACUUCAGUGCUUCCGCAGCUAAGCAAUCUAACCAUAUCCUAUUGUUCGCAAAUGGAAGAAAUUUUCAACUGCUCAAACAAUGAAGAGCAUGAGAUUGACAGUGACAAGGAGAUUACAUUCCCUAACAUGAGAGAUAUGGAACUUAAGAACUUGCCUAGACUCGCUAAUGUAUGCCAAGGGUUUAAGUUGCUGACAGGGGAGCUUUGCAGAGUUCAAGUUCAUGAUUGCCCAAGACUUAUGCCAAUUAUGGGUGCAACUAUUGAUUACACGAAAGAGGUUAUGUGGCAAUCAAUGAUGGUUCAAACCAUGGAACUUGAAGAGAAGAAGGAUUUCAGCAAUGCAGAGCAUUAUAUAUUUCUGGCUCUCAAUAAUCUUCCACUUUCUGUUUUAAAUGCUGGAGAGCUUGAUGUUCAAAGUCCUAGAAUUGCACGCUGGCGCAUUAUUGGUGAUGAUGAGCAAGAAGAAACAAGCGACUCAGAAGAACAACAAAUGCCAGGAGGUCUUGUUCCCACACAAGUUUUGAGCUUCCAACAUGUUCAUUCCUUAAAAGUAACUCGCUGUGAAAAGUUAAAGUUUGUAUUCUCAAUGAGCACUAUUGUCCACAACAGCCUUCCCAGAUUAACUUCCCUAACCUUAUUUGAUUGUGAGAAAUUGGAGGAAAUAAUUGCAGAAAAUGAGGAACAUAAGAUCAUGUCCAAUGGUCAAGUUUGCUUCCCAGAACUAAAAGAGUUGAGGGUCGGGAGGUGCAACAAGCUCAAAAGACUCUUCUCUACGUCCGCGGCUAUUAUUCUUCCCCAACUAAACUUUUUGUGGAUAAAUGGGGCUGAUGAAUUAAAGGUAAUUUUUGGGCAUAGUAGAGAAGAUGAUGCCAACUAUCGUGAGACAAUUGUGCUUUCAAGCUUGACGAUGAUAACACUAAUAAAUUUGCCAAAUUUGGUGAGUGUUUUCCAAGGGUUGCAGUUUCAGGUGCAGCUAAGCCACAUCAGCAUUUGCAACUGCCCCAGAUUUGUAGAUUCAAGUUUCGGAUCGAUUCUUCAACAAUUGACAACAAUAACGUUGCGGCAGGAUUCUACAGAAGAUUCAAAUGUUCAAACUUCAUUAGAUGCAAAAGAACAAUUGUUUGUAAAUGAAGAAAAAGCGAUGAUGUUGAUCUCAGGAGUGGAGCACUUGUCUUUGAAGGAUUCAAUGGACCUCAUGUCCAUAUGGGAGGGUCCCAGUUUCAUCAUGUUCCAAAAUCUUAAGGACUUUUAUGUGAGUAAAUGUAGAAAAUUGAAGUGCAUCUUCCCUAGCACUGUGAUCAGAAGCCUACCAUGUUUGGAGCGUCUAGAGAUUGAAGAAUGUGAAGAGUUGGAAGAGAUGAUGUCAUCUGAAGAGCAUCACUUUCCAAACGCGUAUUCCUCUCAUUAUUCCUUCUGCUUCCCACAACUUCGAGAUCUUAGAGUCAUUAGAUGCAGAAAGUUGAAAUGGCUCUUCCUCUCCACUGAAAAUCUUCCACAGUUGAAACAUCUGAAGAUUAAAGAUUGCUCUAAACUAAAGGGACUUUUCAACUGCGAACCUGAAAUCCAUGAGGAAGGCUUCUAUGAUAACAUGUUUCCAAAGUUGAAAUAUCUUACUGUUGAGGAUUGCCCCAUUUUCUCCCAAACCACACUUGCUGCUCUAAGUCUGCAGCGUCAAAACGAAGAGACACGUUAUGAUCAACUAAGGAAGGCGACGACGAUGGAGAAACGAAGUUGCCCAGAGUAUGUUUCCACCUAA